AUGGGUAAAACAUAUAGUAUUAGUUCUUGGGGAUUGUGGAAGGGUGGUUUUGGAGUAGUGGUACCUGUGAUGAGGAAACUACACACCACUUUCUCACGUCCAAAAGGGGUGAAGCAAGGCCACUUUGUGGUGAUUGCAACUGAAGGGUGGAAACCAGAGCGAUUCUUUAUUGAAUUGGGAUAUUUGGAUCACCCUGAUUUUGUGAAGUUGUUAAAGCAAGCUGAAGAAGAGUUUGGGUUCUCUCAGGUAGGAGCACUUGCAAUUCCUUGCGAACCAGAUGACUUGAAGAGAAUCAUCGAAAGGAAAAAGAAUAGAAACAAGAGUGUUACAUGUUGGGUUAAGGGGAUUAGAGUUGCAUGA